AUGACGAGGGCAACUAAGCGGCAGCGGGUGGAGGGCAAGGAAACCACCAUGGCAGAGGAGGUGAACAGUCCCCCGGCGACCGGAGGCGAGGGGGAAGAGACUAUGCUAGGGGAGAUGCGGCUGAAGCGCGCGACGACGGACAAGCGCAUGACGAACCGACAGAAAUGUCUGGUUCUGGGCUCACGCAACAUAACCGGCAAGAAUCGUCACUUGCUGAAUGACAUUCGUGGCUUGAUGCCGCACGCACGAGAGCAUUCUAAGAUUGCUCCGACGCAAAAACUCGGGGAUGAAUUGGUUGAGCUCUGCUCGCUGCAUCAAUGCAAUAGUUCCCUUUUACUUGAGGCUCACCGGCAUGAUAUUAGUUACAUGUGGAUUGCCCAGGCCCCGCACGGCCCUAGUGUGAAGCUGCAAUUAACAAAUGUGCACACCGCCGAUGAACUUCGAAUGGCCGGAAAUUGUUUGAAGUACAGCCGCCCUCUUAUUCACUUUGACCGAGAAUUUGAGACACAGCCACACCUGCGGGUGGUGAAGUCGCUUCUUCAGAUGACGUUUAACACGCCCCGCUACCACCCGAAGUCUAAACCGUUUAUUGAUCAUAUUGUUUGCUUUUUUUAUCUGGACCACCACAUAUGGUUCCGCCACUACCAAAUAGUGGACAGUGAGCCGCAGUCUCUGAUGGAGAUUGGACCUCGCUUCACACUUGAGCCAGCAGCCAUUCUCAACGGCUGCUGCAAAGGUAGUGUUAUUUGGAAGAGUGAGAUGGCAAAGACGCCAACGGAGCAGCGUCGGGAUAGGAAGACGCGCCGGCUUGAAAAGGUGCAAAUGAACGAGGGCAUUAAAGCAAAAUCUGAAAUGCAUAAGGCGAUGAAUCCGGCACCGGAGCAAAACCCGCUGGACCUCGUAUUCAAGGAGUAUUGA